AUGCUUUCCAUGGAAGACAGCUCCAGGAAUGGUUCCAUUCGUACAAGGGAAACUGCUUUGGAGCUAUUCACCCUUACCCACAGGACCAUUAUUGGUGAGAUGAACCUAAACUCAACAUUGGCGUACGAAAUAUUUAUGCUUGACCCCGUUUUAGUGACCGGCUCCGUCGGAGGGAUGGGACUUGCGCUUAUACAGACGAUUCUCGAGUUGGGCGCCGACGUGGUGGCGAUCGACCGUGUGAAAAGAGCGGAAGGCGAAGCCUGGGGAAGACUGCAAGGUGUCGCCAAGUCUAACGCCUGCAAUUUGACAUACUUUCAGUCCGACAUAUCGAGCUUCGAGAAUACUUUGAAUGUCUUCCAAAGCGCCAUUUCACAAGCUAGAUAUCCCUUGCGUGGACUUGUGCAUUGUGCCGCUAUUGGUUGGGUUGGAGACUCUCUCAACUUCUCCGUCAAGGAUGCACGGCAGAUUAUCGACGUCAAUCUCGUUGGAACACUGAUCGUUGCGCAAGUAGGGGCUCGGCUAGUCCAAGAGCAGCAGAAAGCGAUGACAGUACCCACCCAAGCAAGCUUUGUCUUCAUUGCAAGUAUGAGCGGAUACGUUGUCAACAAGGGCACGCCGAACGCGGCUUAUGCGGCAUCAAAAGCUGGCGUGCAGCAGUUGGCGAGAAACCUGGCAUCAGAAUGGGGCCCAUCAAUCAGGGUCAACACAAUUAGUCCUGGUGUAAUAAGGACGCCGAUGACCAAUGGAAUCCUUGAAAGUAAGAGGGAACUGUGUGAGCUAUGGACCAGGGAGACCAUGCUGGGGCGCCUGUCUGAGCCGCAGGACUAUCAAGGGCCGGCAGCGUUCCUGUUAUCAGACUCCAGUGCAUAUGUUACAGUGGCUGACUUGCUGGUGGAUGCAGGCUACACCGCGUGGUGA